GCCCAGCCGCAGCCGUGCGCUUGCCAGCGGGAUUUACGCGCUCCUCCGGCACCUCAAACUCUUGGGCUUCCUGCGCCGCGCCAUCCUCCACGGUGCCAUCGUUUCACCGAGAAAGCCGUCCUUACAAAGCCUGGAGCUCCGCCGGAGAUGGAAGUUUUCUCCCUCAUCCUGGUUGUGUCCGUCUGUUGGACUCGAACCUGGAAAGCGGCGAUUGCAGAUUCAAUCAUUCAUAUCGGAGCAAUUUUUGAUGAAUCUGCUAAAAAAGAUGAGGAAGUUUUUCGAAUGGCAGUUGCUGAUCUCAACCAGAAUGAUGAAAUCUUACAAACAGAGAAAAUCACAUGUUCAGUGACAUUUGUGGAUGGCAACAAUCCAUUUCAGGCAGUUCAAGAAGCCUGUGACCUCAUGAACCAAGGCAUCCUGGCCCUUGUGAGCUCCAUUGGCUGCACAUCAGCAGGUUCCCUGCAGUCACUGGCAGAUGCUAUGCACAUCCCUCACCUCUUCAUCCAGCGCUCAACAGGAGGAACGCCAAGAAGCAGCUGUGGGCUCACCAGGAGCAACCGCAAUGAUGACUAUACACUCUCUGUCCGCCCCCCUGUCUACUUAAAUGAUGUCAUCUUGAGAGUGAUCACAGAAUAUGCCUGGCAGAAGUUCAUCAUUUUUUAUGAUAAUGACUAUGAUAUCCGUGGAAUACAAGAGUUUUUGGACAAAGUAUCUCAGCAGGGAAUGGAUGUGGCAUUGCAGAAAGUAGAAAACAACAUCAAUAAAAUGAUCACAGGGCUCUUUGCCACCAUGCGAAUUGAGGAACUGAACCGCUACCGGGACACUCUGAGGCGGGCUAUUCUUGUGAUGAACCCCUUGACAGCCAAAUCAUUCUUAACAGAGGUCGUGGAGACUAAUUUGGUUGCUUUCGACUGUCACUGGAUCAUUAUAAAUGAGGAAAUCAGUGAUUUGGACGUGCAAGAACUGGUGAGAAGGUCAAUUGGAAGGUUAACAAUUAUUCGACAGACGUUUCCUGUCCCUCAAAACAUAAGUCAGCGCUGUUUCCGUGGCAACCACAGAAUAUCUUCAUCACUGUGUGAUCCAAAGGACCCUUUCUCCCAAAGCAUGGAGAUUUCUAAUCUGUACAUAUAUGACACUGUCCUUCUGCUGGCAAAUGCCUUUCAUAAGAAGCUAGAGGAUAGGAAGUGGCACAGCAUGGCCAGCCUGACCUGCAUUAGGAAGAACUCAAAGCCCUGGCAAGGAGGACGAUCCAUGUUGGAAACCAUCAAGAAGGGUGGAGUGAAUGGCUUGACUGGAGAACUAGAAUUUGCAGAAAAUGGGGGGAAUCCCAAUGUUCACUUUGAAAUUUUGGGGACAAAUUAUGGAGAAGAUCUUGGCAGAGGCAUUCGCAAGCUUGGCUGCUGGAAUCCCAUCACUGGUCUGAAUGGGUCCCUAACAGACAGGAAGUUGGAGAAUAACAUGCGAGGAGUGGUUCUGCGAGUGGUGACUGUGUUGGAAGAGCCCUUUGUCAUGGUGUCCGAGAACGUUCUGGGAAAACCAAAGAAGUAUCAGGGCUUCUCAAUAGAUGUCCUGGAAGCUUUGGCCAGUUACCUUGGCUUUAAGUAUGAAAUUUACGUUGCUCCAGAUCACAAGUAUGGGAGUCCUCAAGAUGAUGGGUCAUGGAAUGGACUGAUAGGAGAACUAGUAUUUAAGAGAGCUGACAUAGGGAUCUCUGCCUUAACCAUCACCCCCGACAGAGAAAAUGUGGUGGACUUCACAACACGUUAUAUGGACUACUCGGUGGGCGUGCUACUUCGGAAGGCGGAGAAGACAAUGGACAUGUUUGCCUGCUUGGCACCAUUUGACCUCUCCCUGUGGGCAUGCAUAGCUGGUACCGUGCUGCUAGUAGGACUGCUGGUCUACCUCUUGAAUUGGCUCAACCCUCCUCGCCUUCAGAUGGGAUCUAUGACCUCCACAACGCUCUACAACUCCAUGUGGUUCGUGUACGGAUCUUUUGUGCAACAAGGAGGAGAAGUCCCUUAUACAACCCUGGCAACACGACUGAUGAUGGGGGCUUGGUGGCUUUUUGCUUUGAUUGUCAUUUCCUCCUACACAGCAAACCUAGCUGCUUUCCUCACCAUCACGCGCAUUGAGAACUCUAUCCAGUCUCUCCAGGAUCUCUCAAGGCAGACGGAUAUUCCUUAUGGCACUGUCUUGGACUCUGCAGUCUAUGAACACGUUCGAGUGAAAGGGAUGAAUCCUUUUGAGAGGGACAGCAUGUAUUCCCAAAUGUGGCGGAUGAUUAACAGAAGUAACGGUUCAGAGAACAAUGUCUUGGAGUCGACUGCAGGCAUUCAGAAGGUGAAACAUGGGAACUAUGCCUUUGUAUGGGAUGCAGCAGUGCUGGAAUAUGUGGCUAUCAAUGAUGGAGACUGCUCUUUUUACACGGUUGGGAACACUGUGGCGGACAGAGGAUAUGGAAUUGCACUGCAGCAUGGCAGCCCCUACCGAGAUGUCUUCUCACAAAGGAUUCUGGAGCUGCAACAGAAUGGUGACAUGGACAUACUGAAGCAUAAGUGGUGGCCAAAGAAUGGUCAGUGUGAUUUUUACUCAUCUGUGGAUACCAAACAGAAAGGAGGUGCCCUGGACAUAAAAAGCUUUGCAGGUGUUUUCUGCAUUCUCGCCGCUGGGAUUGUCCUAUCUUGUUUCAUUGCAAUGUUGGAAACGUGGUGGAAUAAAAGGAAAGGCUCCCGGGUUCCAUCAAAAGAGGAUGACAAGGAAAUUGAUCUGGAACACCUCCACAGGCGCGUGAACAGUCUCUGCACAGAUGACGACAGUCCCCAUAAACAGUUUUCCACAUCGUCGAUUGACUUGACCCCUCUGGACAUUGACACUUUGCCCACCCGUCAAGCACUGGAGCAAAUCAGUGACUUCAGAAACACUCACAUCACCACAACAACCUUCAUACCAGAACAGAUCCAGACGCUGAGCCGCACGCUGUCUGCCAAAGCUGCUUCUGGCUUCUCCUUCGGCAGCGUACCCGAGCACCGAACUGGCCCUUUUAGGCACAGGGCACCAAACGGAGGGUUUUUCAGAAGCCCCAUCAAAACAAUGUCAUCUAUCCCUUACCAACCAACUCCAACUCUGGGGCUGAACCUCGGCAGUGACCCAGACCGAGGCACCUCCAUAUGAGCAUCAGACCGAAUUUCUUCACUGUUUCUUUUCUAGGACUCCCUUUGCAAGGAGCGGCUGUAAUGUUGUGGGACUAACAUGGAUGUAACCUUUUUCUUUUGUUUUGUUUUUGUUUUUAAAAUUUGAUUUUUUAUUUUUCUUUAUUUAAGGAAAGAAUCAGGAUUAUUAGUAACAACUCUUCCUCUUCUCAGCUUUCUCAGUCUGGUCUCCUCUUUCCUUUCUCUCUUUAUUCUCUUUACUACUCGAGUCACUUAUUCUUUCAUUUAUCACCGCGUUAGGUUUUGGUUACUUCAGGCUUUUCAUAUACUUAAAUAUAGGAAAUGUGUAGUGAUUAAUGCAUAAGAAAACCCUGAGGAUUACUUUACAGAAGGGCAUUGGCUCCUCCUCCCCAACUGCCUUUUUUUUACUAUACUUGCAAUAACUUAAAUCCUUUACAUCUAUUCUGCUGCGUGUGGUCAGCGCUCCACUGCUGUGUGUCCUUUUAACUGUGGACCAAAGGCAAACCCUGCAGUUUAAAAGACAGAAAGGGAAAAAAAAAAAAAGAAAAAGAAAAGAAAAAAAAAAAAGGCAA